GUCGGCCCUUUGUUCUCGGUAGCGUCCCCGCAGCGGCAGCGAGAAACGGGACCAAAAUCCUCCGGGAAGCUGGCGCAGGAACGACACCUCGGCCUGAGCUCUGCCUCCCCCUGCAAGAACCCUCGAGGAGGCCACGAUGACGUCGAGGUUCCUUUCAGCCACGGCUCGGGCAUCGCUGACGUUCAAGGAUGUGGCCGUGGACUUCACCCGGGAGGAGUGGAGGCGCCUGAGCCCCACUCAGAAGACCCUGUACCGGGAGGUGAUGCUGGAGAACUAUGACCACCUGGUCUCCUUGGGACUUGCAGUUUCUAAACCAGAGGUGAUCUGCCGCCUCGAGAGGGGAGAAGCCCCCUGCCCGCCCCGGCGAAGAGUCUCCAGGGCCGCUUGUCCAGCUUCCCUUAAUGAGGAGACUAGCUGUGACAGCAACUCGACUUCAAAGCAGGACGUUUUUAUAGGAGCCCCUUCUAAGGAAAAACUGGCAAAGAAUUGGUAUUCCAAGGUGGGAGAAACUUGGGAGUGUGAUGUCAGGUUAGGGAGACAGAAGUACAGCCAGGAGAGACAGUCUAAAGUCACAGACCUUAAUGGAAAGCCAUGUAACAAGGUGAGUGUGCCUGAGGGUAAUACAUUUGGAAGAAGUUUGAAUCUGGGGUCUGUCUUUGUUACUCAACAGAGGACUCCUACAGAAAAAAGUCUCCAGAAUCAUUCUGUGGCAAAGAGCAUGAAACAGUUUUCAGAACUGUUUAAAUGUAAUAGAAUUCCCUUUGGGAAAAUGCUUUGUAAGUAUAAUAAAUGUGGAAAGUCCUUCAGUUAUCACUCUGAUCUCGUUCAGUUUCAUAGACAGUAUACUGGAGAAAAGCUGUAUGAACGUAAUGAACACGGGAAAGCCUUCAGCAAAAGACCAUACCGUACUCAACGUAGAAAAAAUCGUAAUAGAGAAAAACGUUAUAUAUGUAAUGAAUGUGGAAAAGCCUUUAGUCAGUGGGGAAGCCUUAUUGAUCAUCUGAGAAUUCAUACUGGAGAGAAACCUUUUCAGUGUAAUGAAUGUAAGAAAACCUUCAGCCAGAGGGGAACCCUUAUCAGACAUCAUAGAAUUCACACUGGAGAGAAGCCCUUUGAAUGUCACGAAUGCGGGAAAGCCUUUGGUAACAAUUCCUGUCUCACGCUGCAUCAGAGAAUUCAUACUGGAGAGAAGCCUUACAUAUGCAAUGAAUGUGGGAAAGCCUUCAGUGGGCGACAGAACAUGAUUCAUCAUCAGAGAAUUCACACAGGAAAGAAACCAUAUCAAUGUAAAGAAUGUGGAAAAGCCUUUCGACACAGGGCGUCCUAUGUCUGUCAUCAGAGAAUGCAUACCGGAGAAAAACCUUUUCACUGUAGUGAAUGCGGGAAAGCCUUUAGACGGAAGGAGAACCUCACUGCACAUCGGAGAAUUCAUACUGGGGAGAAACCUUUUGAAUGUAACGAAUGUGGGAAAACCUUCAGCAACAAUUCUUGCCUUACUUUACAUCAAAGAAUUCAUACUGGAGAGAAACCCUAUAAAUGUAAUGAUUGUGGGAAAGACUUUAGGCACAGGGCAUCCUUUACUUAUCAUCAGAGAGUCCAUUCUGGAAAUAAACCAUAUAACUGUAAGGAAUGUGGGAAAGCUUUCAGUCAAAGAGCUAAUCUUAUCGAACAUAUGAGAAUUCAUACUGGAGAGAAACCUUUUGAAUGUUAUCAGUGUGGAAAAGCCUUCAUCAAUAAUGCACGACUUACAGUACAUCAGAGAUUUCAUACUGGAGUGAAGCCUCAUAAAUGUAAUGAAUGUGGUAAAGCUUUCAUGCAUAAGGCAAGCCUCACAGCACAUCAGAGAAUUCAUACUGGAGAGAAACCCUAUAAAUGCAAUGAAUGUGGGCGAGCCUUCAACCAAAGUGCACAUCUUAUGAGGCAUCAGAGGAUUCAUACUGGAGAGAAGCCCCGUAAGCCUAAUGAAGGUAAGAAGACAGCCAGCCAGUUAGGAAUCCAUACAGCAAAUGAGUCAGCAAAUACUAGAGAGAAUCUUUAUCAUUGUGAUGAAUGUGGAAAGGGUUUUAGGCAGAAAUCCUACCUUUCUCUCCAUCAGAGGAUUCACACUGGAGAAAAACCUUAUCAUUGCAAUGAAUGUGGGAAAGCCUUCAUUGGGAGGGGACAGCUCAAUACACAUAAAAGAAUCCACACUGGAGAGAAGCCCUUUGAGUGCAAUGACUGUGGGAAGGCCUUCAGCCGCAAGGAGCACCUUACCGCUCAUGAGAGAACUCACACUGGAGAGAAGCCUUAUCAGUGUAAAGAAUGUGGAAAGACGUUUAGCCAGAACUCACACCUUACAGUGCAUCAGAAAACUCACACCGGAGAGAAACCGUUUUUGUGUAAUGUUUGUGGAAAAGGAUUCAGCUAUAGGACCUCACUUAUUUCACAUCAGAGAAUUCAUACCGGAGAAAAGCCCUUUGAGUGUAGUGUAUGUGGGAAAAACUUUAGUCAUAGACCAUCGCUUAUUAAACAUCAAAUAAUUCAUACAGGAGAGAAACCUUUUGAAUGUCUUAAAUGUGGGAAAAGUUUUACCCACAGAUCAUCAUUUAUUAAACAUCAAAGAAUUCAUAGUGGAGAGAAAGCCUACUAGUGAAAUGAAUGAACAAGAACCUUUAACCAGAGAGGAGGACUUAGGAGAGAUUGAUGCUGAAGAAUAAGCAUUUGAUUGAUUAUUGAAUGUGAAAGCUUUUGUCACAGUUCUUGAUUGACUGGUUCUCAGAGACCUCAGAGUUUGAGGUAGCUUGAUAUGAGUACCGGACUUGGCGUCAAGAAGAACUCAAUUCAAAUCUGCUCUUGACACUUUCUGGCCAUGUGACCCUGAGCAAAUCAGAAUCUCUUUAGGCCUCAGUUUCCAAAUCUGUCAAGUGGAGAUGAUCACGUCUACCUCAUGAGAUUGUUGUGAGGAUAAAAUGAGCUAAUGGACAUAAAGCACUUUGCACUCCUUAGAGCAUCACACAACCGUGAGCUGUUACUUUUAUCCCUGGUGAGAAACUACAGAGAAGCCAAGACUGUGGGGAAGCCUUUUUCCUGAGGGGAUCGAUAUCCUGCUGUACAUCAGAGAAUUUAUACUGGGGGAAAUUCGAUAGAUUUACUGGGUGAG